AUGUCUGAAUCAAUUCUCGAUUGUUCAAUUUGUUGUGAAAAAUUUGAUGAAACAAUACAUUGCCCAAAAGUUUUACGUGAGUUAAUUUUAAAAAAAAGUAUGUUUAGUUGUAUUAUCGAAAAUCUCAUCGAUACCACGCGCUCCACCAAAAUAAACACGCAACGCAGACCGCGCCGCGCCACAACACACACAAAAAAGGGAGGAGAUUUGAAUCGUGCUCUUAUUUGUGUGUGUGUUAUAGCGCGGCGCGGUCUGCGUUGCGUUUUUAUUUCGGUGGAGCGCGUGGUACCGAUGAGGUUUUCGAUAAUAGAUUUGCAGAAUGUGGUCAUACAUUUUGCAAUGGUUGUUUGCUAAAACUCUGGGAGAAUGAAAACAAGAAUGCAAAUAUUGUAUGUUUCCAAUGUCGAGAGAAAUCGGAAUUCGCCAAAAUUGUCACAAACUUUGUAGUUUUGGCUAAUGCAACUCCGAGUACUGACACAAAUACUUAUUGUCAAGAAUCCAAUCUUCUUCCGCUGUGUUCUUUUUGUACAACAAAUACAGUGGGAAUGAUUUGCAAUGUACGUUGUGAUAUCAGGUUUUUAGUUUUUUACAGGACACAGUUUUUUUUUGCGGGACGAUGGGUGCUCAAAUGAGUUCAAAAUGCUGUGCGAAACAUGUUUCGGAAUAG